AUUGUAAGGUCUCACUCAUUAGUUUUUUUUUUCCCUUCACAUUGCUUCCAAUACUUCUUUAAAUCAAACCGUCUUCCCCAUUUUUCCCCCAGAGCUCAGAAUCUCUAGCUCUACCAAUCCUGCAAGGAAAGAGAGAGAUUCAAAACCCAACUUUUCCCUCUCUGGACCACUCCAACAAACGAACAUGAAGAACACAAACACUAACACAAAACUCAUUCUCCUCCACCCAUAUAUCCAAAAACAAGGAAGCUCCAACCGAUUAUGGCUUUUAGCCUUCAUAUCCUUCUUCACCCUCGCCUUCCUUGCCACCCUCAUUUACACAAGAGAAUCCACCUCAGCUACCACUAUUACCACUGCUUCUGGCAUUGCCUCUUCCUCCUCAACAUCUGGUUUCAGCAGCACCCCCUUACCUUCCACUGUAAUCAACACCCUCCUCCACUAUGCCUCAAAAUCCAAUGACACCUACCACAUGCCCCACUCAGACCUCAAAACCAUCUCUGACGUGCUCAGAAAAUGCUCAUCACCUUGCAACUUUCUAAUCUUUGGCCUCACGCAGGAGACCCUUCUCUGGAAGGCCCUCAACCACAAUGGAAGAACAGUAUUCAUUGAUGAAAAUAGGUACUACGCUGCAUACAUUGAAGAAAAGCACCCAGAAAUCGAUGCCUAUGACGUGCAAUACACAACCAAAAGGAGUGAAAUGAAGGAGCUGAUAGCUUCAGCUAAAGAGCAAGUAGGAAAUGACUGCAGGCCAGUGCAAAAUCUUCUGUUUUCUGAGUGUAAAUUAGGACUCAAUGACCUUCCCAACCAUUUUUAUGAGGUCGAUUGGGAUGUGAUAUUGGUGGAUGGACCAAGGGGUGAUUGGCCUGAUGCACCGGGAAGAAUGUCAGCCAUAUUCACCGCGGGUGUGCUCGCUAGGAGCAAGAAAGGUGGCAACCCAAAGACGCAUGUGUUUGUUCAUGACUUCUGUGGAAAAGUGGAAAAGAUUUGUGGCAAUGAGUUUCUGUGCAAGAACAACUUAGUGGAAGCAACUGAGACUUUGGGACACUAUGUGCUGGAAAAAAUGGAUGAGAGUAGCGUCCAGUAUUGUAAGAAUCAUUCGUCAUCGUCGUCAGGGGCGGCGGCUUCUUCAUCUUAAUUAGUUAGUGCAUGUCUUGGAGAUUACUAUCAUAAGCUUUAUUGCAUAUUGCUAUUUAUGAUCCUUUUAGUUUCAUUGUUUACUUCUUGGCCCGAGCUUGUAAAAAAUAAUUCUUUUUUUUUCUCCCUUGCCAUUUUCUGGCGCUGAGGGAUUGUAAUUUGCUCAAUGAAUCCAUGCUU